AGAGCUGGGAGGAGGAGGCGGCGGCGGCGCUCUCUCACACCUGACUUCUGCUCAGUUUGAACUCCGCAAACUACCUGCGCUCCCCACUUUCUGCACAUAUGGAGCUCCGUGUCGGACAGCGGAGGCACUAAUUUCUCCUGCUCUGUGGGACAACUCGCAGUUUCAGGUUUCCCCGAACAACGAUCAGCAACCUGUCAUCACCUCUCCAAGUGAGUCUGUGUGCAGCAGCACUCCUGUCCCUCCGUGUCUCUCAGAAACACUCCAACAGCCAUACAAAAACAUCCAGGGACUGCAGGCUGUAAGAUUAGAGAGAAGGAUGGGGUCACCGGUUGUCUGCCUGGCUUGGUUCCUCAUUCUAGGCUUCACCACCAGUGCGUUGAGUCUCAACCCUGAUGACCCCAAUGUCUGCAGCCACUGGGAGAGCUAUGCAGUGACUGUCCAGGAGUCCUAUGCUCACCCAUUUGACCAGAUCUACUACACCAGAUGCACAGACAUCCUCAACUGGUUUAAAUGCACCCGACAUAGGAUCAGCUAUAAGACGGCUUACCGGCGGGGAGUGAGGACCAUGUAUAGGCGCCGCUCGCAGUGUUGCCCUGGUUACUUUGAAAGCGGAGACUUGUGUGUUCCUCUGUGUACAGAGGAGUGUGUGCACGGUCGCUGCGUCUCUCCUGAUACAUGCCAGUGCGAGCCUGGGUGGGGUGGACUCGACUGCUCCAGUGGCUGUGAGAGUGACUUCUGGGGACCUCACUGCAGUAACCGCUGCCAGUGCCGAAACGGGGCCAAGUGUAACCCUAUAACAGGGGCCUGUGUUUGCACCGACGGGUACCAGGGGUGGCGCUGCGAGGACCCCUGCGAACACGGCUACUAUGGCAAGGGGUGCCAGUUGUCCUGCCAGUGUCUUAAUGGCGCCACGUGUGACCAUGAGACAGGAGAGUGCAUUUGCGCACCAGGAUACACAGGAGCUUUCUGUGGGGAGCGGUGCCCCUCCGGCAGCCAUGGACCGCAGUGUGAGCAACGCUGCCCCUGUCAGAAUGGAGGAACAUGCCAUCACAUUACCGGAGACUGUUCAUGCCCUGCUGGGUGGACGGGUUUGGUGUGUGCUCAGCCCUGCCCUCUGGGCAAAUAUGGCAUCAACUGCAGCAAAGACUGCUCGUGUCGCAAUGGUGGACUGUGUGACCAUGUGACUGGAAAGUGCCGGUGUGCAGCUGGAUUCAGUGGACGCAGAUGUCAGGAAGACUGUCCUGUGGGCACCUACGGUCCACAGUGCAACCAAAGGUGUGAGUGCCAGAAUGGUGCAAAGUGUCACCACAUCAAUGGAGCUUGUCUAUGUGAAACAGGCUUUAAAGGCCCUAAUUGUCAAGAGAGAUUCUGCCCUCCGGGCCUUUACGGCCUCAUCUGUGACAAGUACUGCCCUUGUAAUACCACCAACACAGUCAGCUGCCAUCCGCUAUCUGGCGAAUGCACCUGCUCACCAGGAUGGACAGGGCUUUACUGCAAUGAAACCUGCCCUCCUGGCUACUACGGAGAAGGAUGCUUUCUGUCUUGUAGCUGCACCAAUGGAGCUGACUGUCAUCCUGUCUCAGGGAUCUGUACCUGCGCCCCUGGCUUCAUGGGUGAGGACUGUGCUACAGUGUGUCCACCUGGUCUAUUUGGGCCAAGUUGCAUGUCCACCUGCUCCUGUCACAACCAAGCAUCUUGCUCUCCAGUCGAUGGCUCCUGCAUUUGCAGAGAAGGCUGGCAGGGUGUGGACUGCUCCAUUCCUUGUUCCAGCGGUACAUGGGGUCUGGCCUGUAAUCAGACAUGUUUAUGCAGCAACGGAGCUGCGUGUGACCCCGUUGAUGGCACCUGUGCUUGUUCUCCCGGGUGGAGAGGGGAGCACUGUCACGAGUCCUGCCCUGAUGGCACCUAUGGGCUGGACUGCCGUGAGCGGUGCGACUGCAGUCACGCUGACGGCUGCGACCCUGUGAGUGGCUACUGUCGCUGCUACCCUGGCUGGACAGGAAUCCACUGUGAUAACGUGUGCCCACAAGGCUUCUGGGGACCCAACUGUUCAGUCAGCUGUUCCUGUCAGAACGGAGGGUCCUGCUCUGCCGAGGACGGCACAUGUGUGUGCGCACCUGGAUACAGAGGGACCUCGUGCAAAAGAAUCUGCUCUCCGGGGUUCUACGGGCACCGCUGCAGCCAGACGUGUCCGCAGUGUGUGCACAGCAUUGGCCCGUGCCAUCACGUCACCGGUCACUGUGAGUGCCUCUCUGGCUUCACGGGCUCCCUGUGCAACCAAGUUUGUCCGAGCGGCAGGUACGGCAGGGCUUGCACCGAGAUCUGCCUCUGUACCAACAACGGCACCUGCAACCCCAUCGACGGCUCCUGCCAGUGUUUCCCCGGCUGGACGGGACACGAUUGCUCGCAGGCCUGUCCCUCUGGGCAUUGGGGUCCUGAUUGUCUCAACUCGUGUAACUGUCACAACGGAGCCCAGUGCAGUGCCUAUGACGGGGAGUGCAGGUGCAGCCCUGGCUGGACUGGUCUCUACUGCACACAGCGUUGUCCUUCAGGGUUCUACGGAAAAGACUGCGCCGAAGUCUGCCGCUGCCAGAACGGCGCGGACUGCGACCACGUCACGGGCCAGUGUGUUUGCCGAACGGGCUUCAUUGGGACAGGCUGCGAGCAGAAGUGUCCUGCUGGUACAUUUGGCUACGGCUGCCAGCAGCUAUGCGAGUGCCUGAACAAUGCUACCUGUGACUAUGUGACUGGAACGUGCUACUGUAGCCCCGGGUAUAAAGGCAUCCGCUGUGAUCAAGCAGCUCUGAUGAUGGAAGAGCUAAACCCAUACACCAAGAUUAGCCCAGCGCGUGGUUCAGAGCGCCAGUCAGCGGGGGCUGUCAUGGGCAUCAUCUUCCUCCUCCUCAUCCUCAUGGCCAUGCUUAGUGUGUUUGUGUGGUACAGACAGAGGCAGAGGGACAAGGGCCAGGAGAUCCAGCCCAGUGUGUCCUACUCACAGGCAAUGCACAUUAACAACACUGACUAUUCUCUUUCUGAGUGUGGCAGUACUGUUGCGAUGAGGACCAGCGCCUCAGAGAUCAGUCAGAACCAGAACAGCACCAGCAGCACUGGCCAAUGCUUCUCCAACCCCAGCUACCCCACCGUGGCUCAGUGCAAUGUAGUCUCAACCAUCUCCAGCAACCUGGAUGGGACCUUGACACUCAAAUCAAGUACCCUGAAGAGCCGAAAUGGCUCAGAAUGGAGAGCCUUCUGCAACCUUAAUGACAUAGAGGUUCAACAGAGUGAGGCACAGCCACAAAGAGCAUCAAGAAAAGAUUACAUAAAGACCUCCAUGUGCAACAACAGCUCCUGCUCCCUGAGUAGUGAUAAUCCAUACGCCACAAUCAGAGACCCACCCGGGCUAGCGUGCAAGCACACAGAGAGCAGCUAUGUGGAGAUGAAGUCCCCCUCCCACCGUGAAGUCCCCUUCGGAGGCACCGCGACUCUCCUGGCCACUGUGAGCAGGAACGUCUACGACGCGGAGCCCACCGUGAGUAUCCUGCAGGGACCCAACGGGAUGGCCACGGGUUUUUCCCAGGGUCCCUACGACCUUUCGUGCGGCAGCCACAUCCCCAGCCACUACGACAUUCUGCCAAUGCGCCACAGUCCCACACAUACACCCCCACCAGCCCCAGAAAGCCCCAGCUCCUUGCUUUAGAGCCAACAUCCUCCACCUGGCCUGGACAACGUGCCGGCAAAGCGCAGGAAACCGACUUUCAGCCAAUGGAUCUCCGUUUGUCCCUGUAUGUAUUCGAUUAGGUGCUAAGAUUCUGAGAUGGACAGACAGCCGCGACUCCCAUUGGAUCUCUUUGGCUCUCUUCCUGUGACCCUGAGGGAAAGUGAGGGGAGGUAAAAAAAAAGUGUCCCACACACCAGCCACUGUUCGCCCCUUUUGAUUUUGCUAUGGAGCUGACCACUCUAACCGCCGCCUGGCCUUUAUAUGGACCUCCUGGUGUGGAGCGGGGGUUGUUCCAAACACUGCUGAGAACAGGACACGUGGACUGAGUGGACAGUUUACUUACAGAGAGAGCUAGCCUCACACUUUUAUCCCAUCAUAUAUGUUUAUUAUAGAUGAGCAGCUGAGUAUUUAUUAUGCCCCCCCCCCCAAACCGAAAUUAUUAUCAGAGAGAGAGAGAGAGAGAGGUGAAACUCUGAAGGGAAGGGAUGUUCCCCGGCAGCCUAAAUGUUAGACAUGAAGACGGGACUGUGAAACGAGUUGGAGCAAGCAUGGGUAAAACAGAAAAUUGUUGUGACGGUUCUUUAUUCGUUGUUAUCCAGUAAUGACCACACACACACACACACACACACACACAUACUACUAAUGUAAGUUAAGUUUUGCUGUUAAUGAGGACCGUGUGUAUCUGGACAUGUUUUCAGGUCGCCAGUGUUCAUGUAUUUAUUACGUCUAUUGAGACUUGCAGACACGGAAUCGGUCCAACGUUUGACCUUUUUCUUCACAUCGAUCAAGUGCUCCAACCUUGUGUUGUUUUUUUUUUUCUUGAAAAUGUCCUGGUUUCUAUUUUAAUGUUAUUGGAUGCUUUGAUCCUUUAUGUUUUGUAUUUAUAAAGCUCUUUGCUUUAUGUGUUCAUUUCUAUUAAUAUUAUUAUUAAUUAUGUUUUUUAUCAAUGUGGUUAUAAUGAUAAAAAAAAAAGAUGAGCAUGAUCAGAUAAUGAUACCCACCGAUGUAGAUAACACACAAUUUAUCUUCUUGUGAGAUUAGCUGUGUCAUUUUGUGAGCUGUUUUGAAGUCACUUAAAAUAUUCUCUCUGUCAAAUUGUAGAUUAAAAAUAACUUUUCAUCUGACCAAUUUAAGACCCAAAAGAAAUAUGAAGGGGAUUCAUCGUGUGUGAUAGAAAUCCAUUUCUAAAACUUCUUUUUGUUUUGCCAUCGGACUAAUUCAUUCUUUUAUCUAGUAGACUGAAUUUGCUGGAAUCCAUUUCACUCUCUGUUGAAGCAAUAACAUGUUGACAAUCGAGGCACAGGCAGCGUUUCUCCGUUGCCGGACAUGAUCGCAGCUUUGAGCAGUGUAGGUACGGUUGAUCACACCUUACAUGACUGUUUGUCCCUCUAGGACGUUUUUUUUUUUUUUUUUUUUUUUUUUCCCCAGUUGCUGUCACAUAAAUCUGGUUGUGGUUUUGGUACUUCAGUUUGUUUCCAAUUAAAUACCUCUUCUGUCACCAGAAA